GGAGCAAACCGUAAUUGGUACAAAAAAAAAAAAAUUCAUUUUUUGAUGCAAAAAGUAGGAAGAAGGAAAAGAGGCCCACCAGAGUGGUCAAAAUUGCGAAAAUAGAACAAAAACGGCUAAGCCGAUUUGAAGAGCUGCCAAGUGGAAGUGACUCCCAAGUAAGCAGUCUUCGAAGGGCCAACUGGAAGCGACUCCAAAGCAAGUAGUCUUUGCAGGGCCAACUGGAAGCGACUCCAAAGCAAGUAGUCUUUGCAGGGCCAACUGGAAGCGACUCCCAAGUAAGCAGUCUUCGAAGGGCCAACUGGAAGCGACUCCCAAGUAAGUAGUCUUCGAAGGGCCAACCGGCUUCUGCCCCCCAUUGGAUGCUACACAAACGAACGUGUACAUAAGGAGAUACAAAAUGCUUGUCACUCCCCCUUCUUGGGUCCCUGCAUUCUGCAAAAAGUAAAACGUGGGAGUGAAAAUACCAUGAACAGUUUUGUCCGAGAUAAGGGGUGAAAAAAAAAAAAAAAAAAGUACCAACAGAGAUUGUCACUCUGGGAAGUAAAGAGCCACCGGAAAGAUAAAGACGUUCAAGGAGCACUUCUACUUCAUACACUGCACAGGUGCGGUGCAUAUAUGCCUCUACUCUUGUACGAUCAACUGAUCCGUCCCCCGCCAACACCAACAGUGCGACCUGUUUGGGUAUCCCCGUUAAGUCUACCCCAGUAUGACGAACCAAGGGGCUUUUAAGGAGGUUAACAAAAUCAGAAGCGAAAGCGACGAUGGAGAGAGCAGCGAUGAGAAAAGCGGAAUCGAGGACGCCAAGUCGUCCGUGUUUGUCAAGUCGAACAAAAUUCCCGAAAACACAGAUGUGGUGAAAGGAAUUAAUUUCGAAGAAGAAGUGAAUUUGCACCAAUUUGUAAACCAGUACAAGUACAUGGGGUUUCAGGCCACCAACUUGGGCAUAGGAAUUGACGAGGUGAACAAAAUGAUUCAUUUUAAGUAUGCCGAGGGGGGAGAAGGGACGCAAGAUGGCCAUGACAAUGACCAUGACCAGGACAGCGAUGACGAGAGGCAAGCGCUGCCCAAAAAAAAAAAAUGCCUAAUAUGGUUAUCCUUCACCUCAAACAUGAUAUCUAGCGGGUUACGUGAAAUAUUCGUGUACCUCGCGAAGAAGAAGUUCAUAGACGUGGUUGUGACCACUGCUGGGGGAGUAGAGGAAGAUAUCAUCAAGUGCUUCUCCAAAACGUACUUGGGCGAUUUUAACCUCAACGGGAAAAAACUAAGGAAGAAGGGGUGGAACAGAAUAGGCAACUUGAUUGUCCCCAAUGACAAUUACUGCAAAUUUGAGGACUGGCUGCAGCCCCUGCUGAAUAAGAUGCUGCACGAGCAGAACAGAAAAAACGAAGAGCUCUUUUUGAGGAAGCUGGACAAGCGCAGGAGGGGAGGAGGGCACGGGGGGGAGAGGGAGCCGCCAUCGCCACCGCCACAUACGCCACAUGCACCAUCGCCGCCUUCACCUUGCGACAGCUCCGAUGAAGACGAAUCGGACAUGUUCUACUUGAGCCCCUCCGAGUUCAUAGACAAACUGGGGGAGGAAAUAAACGACGAAAGCUCCCUCAUAUACUGGUGCCACAAAAAUGACAUCCCCGUAUUCUGCCCGGGGCUAACAGAUGGGUCCCUGGGGGAUAACUUAUUUUUUCACAACUAUGGGAAGAAAAUAAAAAAUAAUUUGAUUUUAGACAUUGUAAAGGAUAUUAAGAAGAUUAACUCCUUGGCCCUGAACUGUAAGAAGUCUGGGAUCAUCAUUUUGGGGGGGGGUCUACCGAAACAUCACGUCUGUAACGCCAAUUUGAUGAGAAACGGAGCCGAUUUUGCAGUGUAUGUGAACACGGCUAAUGAGUACGACGGCAGUGAUAGUGGCGCAAAUACUACGGAGGCUUUAUCGUGGGGCAAAAUUAAGGCGGGGCACACGAACAACCAUGUUAAAGUUUUUGGCGACGCCACGAUUUUGUUUCCCCUGAUGGUUCUCAACACGUUUUACUUGCACGAUCGGGGGGGGAGGCACAACUCGGGUGAAGCGCAGCUCAGGUGA